GUGAAAAUAAUUUGAGUGUUUGACAAAAAUGGCGGGCAAUUUGGGUGAUGAAUUUUCUUCGUGUUUAGAGGAUGAAUUUCUCAAUGAUGAAGUUUUUGUACAGAUAGAUGAAGCUGUUGAAUGCGCUCUAAGAAGAUCAGCACAACCUUCAUCAAUAACCAAUCCUGAAUCAGUUAAUGGAGACAUUGGUACUAGCACCAACCCUCUGGGUAAAUUCCGUGGUCACCUUGGAUAUGUCAGCGUGACAGACUUGGUGUCACAGUACUGGUGUGAGCAACAGAUGGAAUAUGGCUACUCAUGUGCAGAACUAUUGCCUGAAAAAACUCCAACUCACAUCCAACAGGGUGCAGAUAUUCACAUGGCAAAAGAGUUAGAAUUAUAUGAUGUAGUGCCUAUCAGCAUCAAAACGAAAGAAGAUAAAUGGGCAGUUGUCUGCUUAAACUUCCUCAACCAACUAUCUGCUUUAGAUGCUUGUCAGACUGUCAGGGAACUUCCAGUCUUUGGUGAGCCCUAUGGUAUGGGGUUAUUUGUUUAUGGAAUCAUUGAUGAGCUGAGGUUUAAUUCAAAGCGAAAACUGGAAAUUCUAGAGGUUAAAACAAGGUCAAGUGAGUAUGGAUCAAAGCCACCCUCCAAAGCCCAACAAAAUAAGAACUCUCUACAAGUUUUGAUUUAUUACAAGAUGUUUAAUGAUUUGAUAUCUGGAAAGAUAAAAAGCAAGCAGUUUCUCAAAUUUCUCAAAUUGUCAGGUAGUAAAUUACUGUCAGAGGAACCUAUUGCUGUCGCGAAAGGAUAUGGAAUAGAUUGUAAAAACAUGGAUGACCUUACAGAAAUCUUAUUCAAACGUUUACAAAUUUCUGAUCUACCCAAAAUUGAAUCGAUUGCUAUCGAGUAUAUAUCGCAGCAAGACUGCUCCGUGUUGAGAAGAUGUGAUAUCCCAGUUGAUGAAGGUUGGCUUGAGUCCCAGUUCAAUAGACUAUCAACGUAUUGGACAGGCUAUAGGACAACAAUGGGGGUUGACAUUGAAGAGGCCUGGAAGUGUCAUCGCUGUGACUUUGUUGAUAUUUGCGAGUGGCGAAAAACAAAAGAGCAGGAAUGCAGAAUGAGAAACAAAAGAAAAGCAGAAAAGUAGAAUGUUAGAACUGUAUGGCAGCGUGGGAGCAUGCAAAACCAGGUGUAAAUCACAAUAAAAAAUCCCGUUUUUAGGUCCCUCUGCACAGGCAUGUGUAUGUGGUGAAUUUUAAUUUGCUAAAUAAAAUUUGCUCAUGUAAGACAAACCAAACUUUGGCUGUUUGAGACCCCUGUGGUACCAUGUGAAUUGGAGACAUGGAAAAUAAAUAAGGGGGAUGACAAGCAAA